GGUGUUAGAUUCUCUCGGCUGGUGGCUAGACCAGUCCGUGCUAUGUGCGGGACUCCCUUUCCACCCACCUCAGCCCUCGAUGUCCCUGACAACGGAUGCCUCGGAUCUAGGCUGGGGGGCCCACCUAGGGACCCUGAGAACGCAGGGCCUGUGGUCCCAGGAGGAGGUGGGGUUGCACAUCAACAUGCGGGAGUUGAGAGCGGUCCGCCUUGCUUGUCAAACGUUCUGCCAUCAGCUUCAGGGUCGUUGUGUCGCAGUGUUCACCGACAACACGACGACCAUGUAUUAUAUCAACAAGCAAGGCGGCAUCAGAUCCUCCCCCCUGUGUCACGAGGCGAUGCGACUCUGGGACUUUUGUGUAGCCCACUCCAUUCACCUCACGGCUUCCUUCCUCCCCGGAGUACGGAACACGCUGGCGGAUCGAUUGAGCAGAUCCUUCCUGUCGCACGAGUGGUCCCUUCGCCCGGACGUCGCCCUCUCCGUCUUCCGGAGGUGGGGUUAUCCCCGGGUGGACCUCUUUGCGUCCAGGGGAAACAAAAAGUGCCAAGCGUUCUGCUCCUUUCAGGGCAGGGAGCCCGGGUCGAUAGCGGAUGCCUUCCUUAUUCAGUGGUCGACCCACUUGUACUAUGCGUUUCCCCCGUUCCCUCUGGUCCACAGGGUCCUCCUGAAGGUGCGCAGGGACAGGGCUCACGUGAUCAUGGUAGCCCCGGCAUGGCCCAGGCAGCACUGGUACCCCAUGCUGCUGGACCUGACCAUAGCCGACCCAGUUCCCCUGCCCCUUCACCCGGACCUGAUUACCCAGGAGCACGGGACCCUCUGUCACCCGGACCUGCAGUCGCUGCACCUAGCGGCGUGGCUCCUGCGUGGCUGACUGGUUCUGAGCUGCGCUGCUCCACGCCGGUGAGGGAGGUGCUCUUGGGCAGCAGGAAGCCGUCCACAAGAGUGACAUAUUUGGCCAAAUGGAA